CCAACCAAAACAUAGAAACAUACAAAGCAAACUAUGGUCAGGGUGUGACACCAGGGUUGGUUAUGGUCAAAUAUGUUUAAAUUCAGAAGUUAAACUGAAAUUGCAGUUCCAAUUGUCCUCAUUACUUUUCAAUGAAGAACAUUCGGAAUUUAAAUGUGAUUAACCCCAGUCAUCGUCCCCCCUUGUGGCCCACUCUCACUCUCUUCCCUCCCUAUAUGUCCAUUCAGCUCAUAAAGGCUUCCUGCGCUUCGAGGCCUUGGAGCAGUCUGAUUGGUUCAGCCCAGGGCAGUCCUGGAGGGGUGUGGCCCCAAGGCAGAGGUUUCUCCUCAUACACAUCCUGAAGAAGGUGACCCUGUACACCUAUAACUGGUCAGUGGACCUUGGAGCCUCUCUGAACCGUGGGCUGGUGAGGCUGGUCCAGUAGCAGAAUGCCAGGGCCCACGUUGUCCACUGUGUCCUCAACCAGAAGAUGGGUCUCUUCCACCACUGCUGCUUCUCUGACACACUGGCCCACACAGACCCCAAACAGGCAGUGGACUUGGACACUCUGAAGCAGUCAUCCAGACUAGUGCACUACUGUGCCACCCCUCUGCUCUUUGACCGCGUGUUCAGGAAGCAGAUUCAGGAAGAGCAGAUUGUCCAAACUCAACAGGUCAAGAAGCGUCAUCACUCCAGUGACUCCACGGCGACUGGCAGGGACCGUAUCUACAGCACAGACUCAGUUGACAAACUGCCUAGCCAGCUGAGAGAGGGGCCCUGGUUGCAGGACAUCUCUAACACCGUCCUCCAGCAGUAUGUCCAGUACCUCCAGAGUAUGGGCUUCAUCCUGGUCCAGGUCCGGCCACAGUUCCCAGCGCGCAGCAUCCCCAGGGCCCGGGCAGCCAUGUUCAGCUCAUUGUCGUCAGAGAGGCAGUCCUUCUCCUAUAACAAAACCAGGAGCGAGGACAGCCCUAAGAGCACAGGGUCGGAUAUUACCCCAUACUACCACCAGAGGCUGCUGCCAGGGGGCAUCGUAUUGAUGGAGCUUGCCUUUCAGGGUUGUUACUUCUGUGUGAAGCAGUAUGCUCUGGAGUGUUCACACAUCCCCAUGGGACAGAUUGUCAACUCUCAGCUCUCCAUGCUCUUCACAGAGGAGUGUGAUAAGGUGAUUGGCCUGAUGCAUGUGCACUCAUUCAGCUAUGACUUCCACCUACGGGUGGUUCACCAGUGCCUGGUGGGCUGUCACAUGACCCUGCAGCAGGGAUACCGGCUGAUCGGCUUCCUGGAGGACUUCAUAGCCCAUCCCCAAGUUCAGACGAAACCACGUCUUCCAGGGUGA